UCGAGAGGAUAGGGAUCAGGAAGAUGUUUUGUCCAUUGAUGCUCCUGACUCACCGGUGUCUUCUAUGGCCAGCAGAUCCCCUUCACAUGCGGCUGAGGAACCCCAUGACCUGGAACUCUCAGAGGAUGAUGAUCUGCCUCCUGAACAGCCGGCCUUCACGGGUCUUUUUCCCCAGGCCUUGUUCAAAUCCCUACUACAUAAAGCCAUUGCUACAGCCCAGCUUAGCUCCCCUUCGCCAUUGCCAGUUUCUGAUUCUGUACCCAAGGGUACCUUAAACCCUCUCUUUGCUGAACCAGCUAGGACUGUUGAUACCAUUUCUACUCCUCCUUUAUUUCUCGAUGUCAUCAAGAAACAAUGGUCUUCACCGGGUUCGGCCCCGACGCCUACGGCAGCGGAUCGACGAAACUUCAGUAUUGCUCCGGACCUAGAUUCUCUCCUUCAGGUCCCGUCGGUAGACGCUCCCGUGGUGGCCCUCUUACCUCACUCAGUGGUUCCUGGUGAUCCUGAGGAGGGCCUUCGCCCGGAGGAGCGCCGAGCUGAACACGUACGUCAACGAGCUCAUCAGGGUGCUUCAUGGGCCAUCCGAGCAGCUGCUACUGCCUCCUUUUUUAAUCGAACAACGCUGUUAUGGCUUCAACGUUUGCAAGAGUCGUUGACUACGGAGGACAGUUGAAUACAACAGGAUUUAAACAAAAUUAUCGCUGCCACACAGUUCUCGGCAGACGCUACCCUGAACGCCGCUCGAUUUGCGGCCAAAUAUCUAGCGUCUUCAGUUACGGCACGCCAUUUAGUUUGGUUACGUCACUGGCAGGCCGAUGCCAGACAUAAAUGGCGCCUGGCAUCUGUUCCUUUCGCUGGCCCCAAACUGUUCGGGGACUCUCUGGAUCCUUUCCUCUCUGAGACAAAGGACAAAAAGAAAUUCCUCCCAGUCAUCUUUCGCAGGGGGGAUUCCAGGUUCCGCCCGUACACUCCUCGCCCCCAAUCUCGCCCGUAUGACCGAUCUCCCUUCUCCCCUUCCCUCCCUAGGUCACAGGAGAAUUUCCAGCCCAGACAACGGGGCGGUCAGGACAGAUCUUCUAGAGAGAGUGGUGGUGACAACGGACGCCAGUCUCCAGGGCUGGGGUGCACAUUGUCGGGGUCACCUGGCUCAGGGCGUCUGGACCUCUGUCGAGUCCCGUCGCUCCAUCAACUGGUUGGAACUCCGAGCGAUCUACCUAGCACUUCGGACUUUUCAUCAUCUCGUGUCCAACUCCCACGUCCUGGUCCUCACGGACAAUAUCACAGCGAAGGCCCAUGUCAACCAUCAGGGGGGCACCCGUUCUCUUUCUCUAAUGUCGGAGGUGUUGCGGUUGGGACUCUGGUCGGAGAUCCAUCUGGCGUCGUUACGGGCGGAACACAUCUCCGGUGUCACCAAUCUGCAAGCCGACUGGCUCAGCCGUCAGCGUCUAGAUCAUGCGGAGUGGCGUCUCAACCCUCGUCUCUUCCACCAAAUCACGACGCGUUUCGGGAUGCCGGUGCUCGACCUCUUUGCCACGUUGGACAAUGCUCAGCUACCGCGGUUUAUCUCACGGUUCCCGUCGGCUCAGGCAGAGGCAGUCGAUGCUCUUCGCUCCCCGUGGCCCCCGGGGCUCCUAUAUGCCUUUCCUCCGGUUUCUCUUCUCCCUCGUGUGAUUCGCAAGUUGUUGAUGGAACAGGCGGAGAUCAUUCUGGUGGCUCCACAUUGGCCACGCAGACCUUGGUUUGCGGACCUAGUGUCGUUGUCGAUAACUCAACCUUGGCAGUUACCUCAGCCUCAGGACGCUUUAACCCAAGGGACCUUGAGGCAUCCAGAUCUACAGUGGCUCCGUCUGACCACCUGGCGAUUGAGCGGCACGUGCUUGGGGAGGUCAGCAUCCCUGCAGACGUGA